AUGCUGUCCCGCAAUCCUGAGACCCGCGCGCAGCUGAAUCCGGCGCGCAAGGGGCGGCCCGUGGCCAGCAGCAGGGCGGUGCGGCUGGGGGUGGUUGCCGCGUUUGCGGCGCUGCUGCUGUAUUCCACGCACAGUGUGGGACGAUCGGGCAGCCGGGAGCUGCUGGAGGAGGCCAGCGAGGGCGAUGAUGAUGGGCCCCAGCUGGCUGGGGCGUCGCUGGUCGGCGGCGGCGUCGGCAGCGGCGGCAGCAGCAAAGAGGCCUCGCUGGCAGUCCAGCCGCCCGUGCGGCGCAAGUAUGGGCUGUCGGACGGGGAGAUUGAGGCCGCGGUGCUGGCGGGCAGCCAGCAGCACGGCGAGGUGAGCAAGGCGGGGCCGCUGCCCGCUGACUUUUGGACCGCCGACAAGCGGCCCUGGCGGGAGGAGGUGUUCAAUGCCAUGGUGGCGCGAGACAUGGCCCAGCCGCGCAGCUCCGAGUAUUGGGAAUCGGAUGCGACGGGUGAGCUGGCGCUCAAGCCGCUGGCCCUGCCCUUCCCGCUGUGCCACACGUAUGUCAACCACAAGUACAAAGUCAUCUUCAUAAUCCACCCCAAGAGCGCCUCCACCGCCACCAAGCGGUACAUGACGCUGUGCCGCCUGGAGCGCACCGACAGCUGCCUGUCACCGCUGGAGAACGCCACGGAGCUGGCGCCGCUGGAGGAGCGGUGGCGGGAGUACUUUGUGUUCACAUUUGUGCGCAACCCUUGGGUGCGAGCCUACUCCAGCUGGAAGUUUCUGAGGGAGGGCUUUAUGCUGCGGGCGGGGUCCACGGGGCGGCGAGGCGCCGCCGCCGCGCCCUGCGCCGCCGCCGCCUGGCGCGACUUCUGUGGCGACCCGCUGCUGCUGGGGCGGCUGUGCCUGGCGCAGCCGCACUGCUGCCCCGGCAAGGAGAAGGCCCACUUCAUGUUCUACCACAUCACCGACCAGGCCACCUGCCUGCUGACAGCUGGCGGCCAGCUGGCAGUGGACUUCAUCGGCAGGGUGGAGGCGGUGGAUGAGGACAUGGCGGCAGCGGUGCGCCUCAUCAACAGCCGCCUGCCGCAAGGCGUGGCUCCCCUGGAGCUGCCGCAGGGGGUGCAGGCGCGCAACGUGGGGCCGCAGGGCGGCGGGCAGGCACCCGACAACGCGCGCUACCUGCCCGCCUUCCAGGGCGCCAACGCCACCUGCUUCUCCAGGCUGGCGCGCUUCUACGCCAAGGAUGUGGCCCUCAUGUUCCCAGCCCUGGCAGCGGAGGAGGAGGAGGCGGGGAGGGAGGCGGCGGCAGGGGCAGGAGCCGCGGCAGGGGAGGCCUUGGACGAGCCAGGCAGAGGCCCCAGCCGCACCUAG